AGAGACCUAUGAGUUUCGGAAACAAAAUUAUUCACACUCAUAAUCAAACGAGUGGUGAACUGGUGAAUGUGACAGCUAUGAGUCUCUGCUCAGACCCGGUCUGUAAGACGAGGAACUUUAAUUUUGGGGAGAAUGUUCCUUGGAGAAGUUAUCUUCACUACAGAGAGAUUGUUCUUCCUACAGAAGAAACCAGAAGAGUAUCAGGAGGAAAAACAAAUUUAUAUACAUCGUAAGCGUUCUGCUGUCAGAACAGGCUUGUAUGAAGAAGACAACUUAAUCAACAUUCUUGGGUUUAGGGAUAAUAUCUUCCGAUACUCAACGACACAUGACAUUCGGGACGAAAUUUGAUAUCCCACUUGUAAAUCCACGGCGAUACCACGACGAUUGGGAUCGCAACGUGGACACGUAACACCAUCUACAGUGCAGAUGAGUCUCGAGAUCCCAUAUGACAUGACGACACCGGGCGUGACGCGGAGGAUUUAGCCAUAUAAUCUUUGUUCAUGGAUUGGAUUUACGUGAUAUUAUCGUUAAUGACGUGUUGUACUAUAACGUAACUUAACUAGUGCGCAUGACGUGAACAAGAAUUAGGCCUGUAUGCAACAUACAUCUAUUAACAUAUUGAUUCCCGACGAGGUUAAACUCUUAUCUUUUUUGUUUCGUUAUAUUUUACUGACUUCAGAUUAUCAUCUGGGUUACUAACUGGACAGAUUCCUUAUCUUCUAAAUUUGCCCUUUCGUGCAAUACAAAUAGCACACGUCAGUACUCCUGACCUAAAAAGUGUUCAGAGGAAAUCUGAGGAAACCGGAAAGCUACAACCACAUCCUCCGAUUUAAGUCGAACAAAACCCAGAUGUUGUGAAUCUGGCGGUGUCAUCUCAACGAGAUCGCGUGCUGAACACCACACCAUGGCCAUCUUCACUCUACUGGAACAUGCUGUCGUCUUGAUUUGUGUAACAAAUAGCAUCGCUUCACCACCCCUAUCAGCGGAAGGUGGAAACGCCAAGACCAAGUACCGACGAAUGCUUCUACCAGAUGCACAUUCAUUUCUCAGCAACUCGUAUGGUUCUGAUUUUGCCUGGAACACAAGAGGCUCGCCUAGAAAUGUGAAAACUUCUUCGUGGUUACCAAGUAACAACAUCGAUGUGCCAGUGAAGACAAAGCCAUAUGGAAAUAUUAAACGACCAUUAAGCCAGUCAUCAAUUGUCUUCAAAGAAAAUGUUGAUACCCCAUUCAAGUUUCCUGUCACCAAUACUCCUUUAAGGAAUCGACACGAAGAAAUGACAAACACCUGGUUUGAGGGGGAUGGUAUUGAGCAGAGAAUGUUGUUGCCUGAAGGAAAAAGUAUACCAGAAGAAAUGUAUGGACCAGACUAUAUUUGGGAUACAAAAGGAUGGCCCAGAUAUGUGAAGACUGCACCUCAGCCAGAGUUCAAUUACAUGAAAAACUCUGGUAAUAACAAAUUUUAUAGAGACUCGCCAAUUAUUUUUGAAGACAAUCCACCAGUAUCUUUAAACUUUCCAUACAACAAUCUUCCACAAAGAAGUCAACAAAAUUACCAUAAAAGUCAGUUCCAGGAAGAAAAGCCAAACUCCUUGCCCGAAUCGGAUGGAAUUGAACAAAGAAUGUUGUUGCCUGAAGGACAAAGUAUACCAAAAGAAAUGUAUGGACCAGACUAUAUUUGGGAUACAAAAGGAUGGCCCAGAUAUGUGAAGACUGCACCUCAGCCAGUGUUAAAUUACAUGGAAAACUCUGGUGAUAACAAAUUUUAUAAAGACUCGCCAAUUAUUUUUGAAGACAAUCCACCAGUAUCUUUAAAAUUCCCAUACAACAAUCUUCCACAAAGAAGCCAACAAAAUUACCAUAAAAGUCAGUUCCUGGAAGAAAAACCAAUCUCCUUGCCCGAAUCGGAUGGAAUUGAACAAAGAAUGUUGUUGCCCGAAGGAUAUAAAAUGCCCGAAGAAAUGUUUGGGCCCAAUUAUAUUUGGGAUACGAAGGGAUGGCCUCGAUUUGUAGAAACAACUCCCGAACCGAAACGGAAAGGUGUGGAAAUUCCUUUCAGGUCUAAACCCAGAGGAUUGUAUGUUGGAUGAUAUUUGUUAACACACAAGAAAUUUUUGGUAAUAAACACGCUUAACGUACCAGAUAUCAGAAUUUGAUGAAGACUAAGUUUUGAUUUAUAAAAUAUGCAGUGGAAAUGUGAGAAAUCCGCGAGAAGGGACUGUGAUGUUAGCAAACAGUGAGGAAAUAUUAAGUCAAUAGAAGGGGGAAGUAAAAUAGUUUCGGCGCAAAGAAAUUAAUUUGCACUAUCUGAAGAUAAUAUGUGCAUGUGUGUGUGUGUGUGUAGCAAGGAAUAUUGUAUUGUCUUCUAUGACAUUUAUUUCUAAGAAUUAUUCAUAAAUACAAUAAAACAACUACGUUUAUAAUUAA